AAAAGAUGAGUUCAGAAAUGAAGUCUGAUGAAGAUUAAAUAGCAAAAACUAAAGAAAACUAAAUUAGAGAUUGGAAAGAACAAAUAAAAAAUAAGGGAUAUUAAUAUAUUGAAACAUAUCAAUUUGUGUCAAAAGGCAAAAAUUUUAAUUAAAGAAACUAUGGAGUGACAGUCGAUUAUAGGUUUUUAAGGGUUAUACAAUAACUUGAUUUUUUGGAGAGCCAAUAAAUACAAUUUUAUAUGAAUAUAUUCAAGGAUGUCUAUAAAGAUGUGAAAGUAAAAUUUACUUGCAUUUUUAGUUAGCAGCAGGAUUUUGCCAUUUUUUUGCUGAAUUUUGGACACAAUCAACGGAAAGUUUGUCAUUCAAUAUUAAUCCCAAUUUUUCUUGGAAUACUUAAAUAUCUAACUUUAAUUAAUAUCAGGUAAAUAGAAAUUAAGAUUAUUAUUAAAUAUAAAAUUAGGACUUUUAUUCUAAAUAAAAUGAUAUGAUUGAAAAUAAUAAACAUGAUGAAAAUCGUGAAAUUAUAUAAUAAAAAUUAAAAUUAAAUAAUAAUCAAGAAACUAAUGGAAAUAAUAAUUCUUCAAUUAUUUAAGGCAUCGAUUCAUAAUAGACUGAUGAAAUUAAGAAUUAAACUGAUGAAAACAAAAAUUCUUCAAUCAUAAAAGGCACCGAUUCAUAAUAAAUUGAUGAAAUUAAGAAAUAAAAUGAUGAAAACUAACAUUCUUCAAUCAUUAAAGGCACCGAUUCAUAAUCAAAUGAUGAAAUUAAGUAAUAAACUGAUGAAAACAAACAUUCUUUAAUCAUUAAAGGCACCGAUUCAUAAUCAAAUGAUGAAAUUAAGUAAUAAACUGAUGAAAACAAACAUUUUUCAAUCAUUAAAGGCACCGAUUCAUAAUCAAAUGAUGAAAUUAAGUAAUAAACUGAUGAAAACAAACAUUCUUUAAUCAUUAAAGGCACCGAUUCAUAAUCAAAUGAUGAAAUUAAGAAAUAAACUGAUGAAAACUAACAUUCUUUAAUCAUUAAAGGCACCGAUUCAUAAUAAAUUGAUGAAAUUAAGAAAUAAACUGAUGAAAACUAACAUUCUUUAAUCAUUAAAGGCACCGAUUCAUAAUAAAUUGAUGAAAUUAAGAAAUAAAAUGAUGAAAACUAACAUUCUUUAAUCAUUAAAGGCACCGAUUCAUAAUAAAUUGAUGAAAUUAAGUAAUAAACUGAUGAAAACAAACAUUCUUUAAUCAUUAAAGGCACCGAUUCAUAAUAAAUUGAUGAAAUUAAGAAAUAAAAUGAUGAAAACUAACAUUCUUUAAUCAUUAAAGGCACCGAUUCAUAAUAAAUUGAUGAAAUUAAGUAAUAAACUGAUGAAAACAAACAUUCUUUAAUCAUUAAAGGCACCGAUUCAUAAUAAAUUGAUGAAAUUAAGAAAUAAAAUGAUGAAAACUAACAUUCUUUAAUCAUUAAAGGCACCGAUUCAUAAUAAAUUGAUGAAAUUAAGUAAUAAACUGAUGAAAACAAACAUUCUUUAAUCAUUAAAGGCACCGAUUCAUAAUAAAUUGAUGAAAUUAAGAAAUAAAAUGAUGAAAACUAACAUUCUUUAAUCAUUAAAGGCACCGAUUCAUAAUAAAUUGAUGAAAUUAAGUAAUAAACUGAUGAAAACAAACAUUCUUUAAUCAUUAAAGGCACCGAUUCAUAAUAAAUUGAUGAAAUUAAGAAAUAAAAUGAUGAAAACUAACAUUCUUUAAUCAUUAAAGGCACCGAUUCAUAAUAAAUUGAUGAAAUUAAGUAAUAAACUGAUGAAAACAAACAUUCUUUAAUCAUUAAAGGCACCGAUUCAUAAUAAAUUGAUGAAAUUAAGAAAUAAAAUGAUGAAAACUAACAUUCUUUAAUCAUUAAAGGCACCGAUUCAUAAUAAAUUGAUGAAAUUAAGUAAUAAACUGAUGAAAACAAACAUUCUUUAAUCAUUAAAGGCACCGAUUCAUAAUAAAUUGAUGAAAUUAAGAAAUAAAAUGAUGAAAACUAACAUUCUUUAAUCAUUAAAGGCACCGAUUCAUAAUAAAUUGAUGAAAUUAAGUAAUAAACUGAUGAAAACAAACAUUCUUUAAUCAUUAAAGGCACCGAUUCAUAAUAAAUUGAUGAAAUUAAGAAAUAAAAUGAUGAAAACUAACAUUCUUUAAUCAUUAAAGGCACCGAUUCAUAAUAAAUUGAUGAAAUUAAGUAAUAAACUGAUGAAAACAAACAUUCUUUAAUCAUUAAAGGCACCGAUUCAUAAUAAAUUGAUGAAAUUAAGAAAUAAAAUGAUGAAAACUAACAUUCUUUAAUCAUUAAAGGCACCGAUUCAUAAUAAAUUGAUGAAAUUAAGUAAUAAACUGAUGAAAACAAACAUUCUUUAAUCAUUAAAGGCACCGAUUCAUAAUAAAUUGAUGAAAUUAAGAAAUAAAAUGAUGAAAACUAACAUUCUUUAAUCAUUAAAGGCACCGAUUCAUAAUAAAUUGAUGAAAUUAAGUAAUAAACUGAUGAAAACAAACAUUCUUUAAUCAUUAAAGGCACCGAUUCAUAAUAAAUUGAUGAAAUUAAGAAAUAAAAUGAUGAAAACUAACAUUCUUUAAUCAUUAAAGGCACCGAUUCAUAAUAAAUUGAUGAAAUUAAGUAAUAAACUGAUGAAAACAAACAUUCUUCAAUUAUUUAAGGCACUGUUUCAUAAUAUAAUGAUGAUAUUAAAAUACAAACUAAUUUUAAUUAAGCAUCUUAAAAAUUAUAAAUCCAAGAUUCAAAAUAACAUGAUUUUAACAAUUCAAAUAUUUAUUAGAAUGAAACGCUAAAUAAUCAAAAUUUUAAUUAACAACACAUACAAUAAACUUAAUAAUAACCGGUUUAACAAACAUUUGUAUAACCUUAAAAUCAAAUUAAUGCAUAACCUCCAUAAAAAACAUUUACAUUUAAAAUAAUUAAUAUGAGUAUUGAAGAACCUGUAAAAAAAUAAAAAUUUUAGAUUAACAAAUUACCUGACUUACUAAAUUAAGUAGCCUAAAUGAAUGGAUUAUCCUCUAAAGAAGAUUUAAAAAAUUAAGAUUUUUUAUAUUUUCCUAUUAAUCUAAGUCAAGCACAUUGGAUAAGUGUUGUUGUUAAUUUAAGAGACAAAAUAAUUUAUUAUUUCGACUCUUACUAUGAAUAGGUCGAAGAAGAUGUGAGAGAAGGCAUAUAUAUAAUUUUAAAAAGCUUAGAUUUUAACCGCAACAUUUUUCGAUUUGAGACUAAAUGGAAUAAAUAAUAUAAUGGGUAAAAAUUUAUAUUAUAUUAGAUAUGAUUGCGGUAUCUUUAUCUUAUUAUCAUUAUUACACACUUUUUAAGGAGAUUUAAAAUAUUCUUACAAUUAAGCAAGGGCAUCUGAGUUUAGAAAUCGAAUUUUAUAUGAUUUGGCUAUGGUAGCCUCUUAGGUAAAUUUAUCAAAAGAAUUAUUUGAAUCUAUAUUAAAAUGA